AUGUGCCGUUUCAUGUCCGAUUCGCCUGGUGUUACCAGUACCCAGGGUCGAGUUGUCCUUCCCACCAAUGUUGUGCCAAAGCACUACGAUGUGACUUUGGAGGUUGAUUUCGACAAGUUUACGUUUGAGGGAUCUGUCAUCAUCGAUCUAGAAGUUGCUAAAGACAGCACAACCAUUUCCUUGAAUACGUUGGAGCUUGAUAUUCACAGUACAACGGUCCACGCAGACGGUGCCUUGGUGACAUCCUCACCGUCACUGUCCUACGAUGCCGAUACGCAAACAACGACCAUCGACUUGGGAAAAUCCAUUAGCAAGGGACAAAAGGUCCAGCUGAAGCAGAGGUACACUGGGCAGCUCAAUGACAAGAUGGCUGGAUUCUACAGAUCCAAACGGAGGGACGGGCAGUUUCUCGCUGUGACACAAUUUGAGGCAACUGAUGCUCGACGAGCUUUGCCAUGCUUUGAUGAGCCCGCCCUCAAGGCCGAGUUCACUGUCACUUUGAUUGCCGAUGAUGACAAGACGUGUUUGUCGAACAUGGAUGUUGCUUCGACUGAGAUAGUUGACUCGAAAAUCACCGGUGGAAAGAGGAAGGCUGUCAAGUUCAAUCGCUCCCCACGUAUGUCGACAUACCUCUUAGCGUUCAUCAUUGCCGAACUAAAGUCGAUCUCGACCGACGCAUUCAGACUGCCAAUCAAGGUAUGGAUGACGCCUGAACAAAACGAGGAAGACGGCCGUUUUGCUCUAGACGUUGCGGCCAAGACUCUAGCCUUCUAUGAAAAAGCCUUCCAAGCACCUUAUCCCUUACCCAAGAUGGACAUGGUCGCUAUUCCUGACUUUGCUGCCGGUGCUAUGGAAAACUGGGGCCUAGUCACCUACCGAGUCGUUGACUUGCUUUUUGAUCAGAAGUCUGCAGGUGCUGCAACUAAGGAAAGAGUAGCAGAAGUUGUCCAACACGAGCUCGCCCAUCAGUGGUUUGGUAACCUGGUAACAAUGGACUUCUGGGACGGUCUUUGGUUGAACGAAGGCUUCGCCACCUGGAUGAGCUGGUACAGUUGCAACGAGUUCUAUCCGGAGUGGAAGGUCUGGGAAACUUUUGUGAUCGACACUCUUCAAGGCGCUCUAGGUUUGGACGGCCUGCGCAGUUCUCAUCCAAUCGAAGUCCCGGUGCAUCGCGCGGAGGAUAUCAAUCAGAUCUUCGAUGCUAUCUCGUACUCAAAAGGUUCGUCAGUCCUGCGAAUGAUCUCCAAAUACCUGGGAGAGGAGACCUUCAUUGAAGGCAUCCGACGAUACAUCAAGAAACACGCCUGGGGCAAUACGCAGACUAGCGAUUUGUGGGAUGCGCUGGGUGAUGCAAGCGGCAAAGACGUUGCACACGUAAUGGACAUCUGGACCAAGAACAUUGGGUAUCCCGUCAUUACUGUGAGCGAAAACGAGAAGGAUUCCAGCAUCACGGUGAAGCAAAAUCGGUUCUUGCGCACCGGAGAUGUCAAAGCAGAAGAGGAUAAGGUCCUAUAUCCUGUUAUGCUCGGCCUCCGAACCAAGGACGGGGUUGAUGAGGCCCUUAUGCUCACCGAACGUGAACAGACUUUCAAGAUUCCGGGGGGACUAGAUUUCUACAAGCUAAAUGCAGACCACUCUGCAUUCUAUCGAACGAGCUAUACCCCUGAGCGAUUGACCAAGUUGGGUGAAGCCGCUCAAAAGGGAUUGCUUUCGGUGGAAGAUCGUGCUGGUAUGAUCGCCGAUGCUGGUGCACUCGCGGCAAGCGGAUACGGAAAGACGUCCGGAAUUCUGAGUCUGCUUCAGUCCUUCAACACUGAAACACAAUUUGUGGUGUGGAACGAAAUCCUGACACGGAUCAAUGCGGUCCGGAACACGUGGAUUUUCGAAGACGAAGCAACUAAAGACGCUCUCAAGGCAUUCCAGCUCAACCUAUGCUCUGCCAAGGCGCAUGAACUCGGCUGGGAGUUUUCUGACGAUGAGGACCAUAUUUUGAGUCAGUUCAAGAGCCUGAUGUUCGGUUCCGCUGGGCUGGCUGGAGAUCAAAAGGUUCAGGCGGCAGCGAAGGAUAUGUUCAGCAAGUUCUUGGCGGGUGACUAUGCUGCUGUGCAUCCUAACCUACGUGCGUCCGUCUUUGCCAUGGCGUUGCGAGAUGGUGGAGAGAAAGAAUGGGAUGCCCUCCUUGCACGAUAUCACUCGGCCCCGACUGCUGACGAGAAAAACACUUGUCUACGAAGUCUAGGCCGUGCAAAGAGUCCCGAACUCAUCCAGAAGACGCUGAAGCUGGCCUUGAGUGGCGAAGUCAAGAUGCAAGAUAUUUACAUGCCUAUUGGGGGCUUGGGUACCACAUCCGAAGGUAUCGAGAAACGGUGGGAGUGGAUGUGCCAGAACUGGGAUGAAUUGGUCGAGAAGCUGCCUCCGAGCAUGAGCAUGCUGAGCAGCGUUGUCAGCAUUUGCGUUGCAGGAUUCACCCGUGAGAAGCAACUAAAGCAGGUCGAAGCAUUCUUCCAGGACAAGGACAAGAAGGGAUUCGACAGGAGUUUGCAACAAAGCUUUGAUAGCAUCAGGGCUAAAGCGAACUGGCUGCAGCGUGAUAGUGAAGAUGUGGUCGGGUGGUUGAAGGCAAAUGGUUACCUUGAGAAGGGCAAGCUCUGA